GCAUUGACCCUUCCGAUUUAAAUAAACUUGGUGUCUUAUUUGACAUAUGACAGUAUCAAAAAUUUGACAUUUACGUUCAUUUUUUUGUGAAAUGGGUUCAAUUUAUUAUAAGUAAUUAAAGGGUUUUAAUCGAGUAAUUAGAUUUCAAAAUUAUGGCACAGGAAACGCCAGAACCGACUAAAACUAAAAAACCAUCCGAUAGUGCGUUUAAACAACAACGGCUUCCAGCAUGGCAACCUAUUUUAACGGCAGGAACAGUCCUUCCAUCGUUUUUUAUAAUCGGCAUUGCGUUUAUACCUGUAGGUAUAGGUUUAUUAUAUUUUUCUGACGAAGUAAUGGAAUAUGUCAUCGAUUAUACAAAUUGUAAUAAAACCACCGGUUAUAUUGGAAAUUGGAACGAAUCUAAUGAAACUUGCGCUGACGCUAUUAAUAAUAAUAGCAGUGAAACUUGUAUUUGCAGGAUUAAAUUUAACCUCACCAGUGAUUUUAAUGGUACGGUUUAUAUGUAUUACGGCUUAACUAAUUAUUAUCAGAAUCAUAGAAGGUAUGUAAAAUCUAGGGAUGAUAGUCAGUUAUUAGGUAUAUUAAGCAAAGAACCAUCAAGAGAUUGUUUACCUUUUGUGUUUGAUGGUAAUAAGACCCCUAUAGCACCCUGUGGAGCCAUCGCCAAUUCCAUGUUUAAUGAUAAUUUGACUUUAUAUAUUUUGAAUAACGACGAACCUGAACCGGUUCCUUUGUUAAGGAAAGGCAUCGCUUGGGAAUCUGAUAAGAAGAUCAAGUUUCACAAUCCACCGGGUGAUGAUUUGGAGAAAGCUUUUGCCGGUUACGCCAAACCGAAAGCAUGGAAAAAACAAAUAUGGGAAUUGGAUACUGAUCCUGAUAAUAACGGUUUCCAAAACGAGGAUUUCAUAGUUUGGAUGAGAACCGCUGCUUUGCCUACUUUCAGGAAAUUAUACCGCAGGGUCGAUCAUUCUCAGGCAAAUUUUACCAAUGGUUUAAAACGAGGAACUUACAUUUUGCAAGUUGAAUAUAAUUAUAAUGUAUCUACGUUUAGUUCAACGAAACGGAUGAUCCUUAGUACAACUUCCAUAUUGGGUGGAAAGAAUCCUUUCCUCGGUAUAGCUUACAUUGUUGUCGGUUGUGUUUGUCUACUUUUAGGUAUUGGAUUGUUGUUUAUACACAUCAAAUGCGGAAAAAGUACUAGUGAAAUGAUAAACGUAAACCCUAGAACGCCAUAUCAAUAGAAACCUUGGAAAAAGUUUUUAUUUUCGACUUUUUUGAUUAUUUAUUUGUCUGUUAUUGCCGCGCUUUUUUACAAAAAAUUAUUUAGGACGGUAUCGAAAAAAUUUCGUCAUGAACUAAAAUGAUUCGAAAUUUCUUUAUUUUAAAACUGAUAUUUUCUAAAUAAACUGUUGGCAACAAUAUUUUAUUUUGAACUUGUUCUUUACAAAUCUUCAUCCAGACCUAUUUUUCAAGGUACUAGAUGGAAAAUUCAAUUUUUCAUUUCACUUCGAUAGAUUUAUUUAAUUUUUCACUACAGAAAAAAUUUUAGUCAAAAAUGAAAUAACUUCCAUUACAGAAAAAUUUCUUCAUGUCCAAUUAAUUUUAUCUCAAAUAAUCCGACUUAUACUGAUAUUAUUUAUUUACCUCUAGCGACAUUGCCAGCUUUCCAUCAUAUUUUAAUCAAUUGUAUCCCAAAACCUUCUAAACACGUUAAUUCAUAUGAUGGAAUGCCUCGAUCAAAUUUUUUUAAGACAAUCGGGCUAUUAGACAAUUCCACUUGGCUUUUGUUUAUCAAAGAACAGUAAUUUUCUUCUUGUUCCCAAAAACGCGAAAAAUAAAAUUCUCCACGCUUAAUAUGGCGUUUUGGAGGGUCUAGAUGUUUGUAGUAACCAAUUAUUGAAUUAUCUUCCGAUUCGACUUUUUGACAUUUUUUAUGAAUUCCAUGCAACGAAAGUUCCAUUUGUUUAUUAAAACAUAUGGAAUUCCAUAGAAAAAUUUCUAUUUCCCUCGUUAUUCAUCAAUUAACUAACCUAACCUGAAAAUGGAUCCAUUCCUUGCUAUGUUUAACAAUAUCAAGAGAAAAUUUCAUGUUCAAAUGUGAAUAACUGAAUUUUUUUAAUGUACGUUUCAACUGAGCCACUAUUUCUCGAAAUAGUUCUACCAAAAUGAAACUUCAGUUUAAUUAGUAACCCCAGUUUAAAAAACCGACCCCUAAAUCCAAUAAUCAAUUUAAUAGUAAAAUCUGAGUUCUGUGGUAUCAAUAAAUGGAUUCUGCUACCUCGGAAAACGUUAAACUAACGUGUUUUUAGUAGAAAUUAAUCAUGUUUUUUUAAUAUUUUAAGCCAAUAGUUUUUAUUAAAUAAAUUUAUCGUGAGUUUAAUCUAUAUUUAAAUCGCAUUUCUAGGUUAUAGAUAACACAAAGUGGCCUUCGAUGUUAGGUAUAGGUAUAAUAAAAAAAUACUAUAUAUAUAUACAGUUUACAUUAUAGUUGAACUCGUUUUUUUUAAAAAUCGGUCAACAAUUCCUGGUAUAACUAAAUAUCAAAAUUUUUGAUAAAAAAAGUUUCCUAACAAUUUUAAAACUAGUUAUAGAUUCAGUACAAAUUAUAAAAAAAAUAAUUAAUAUGGUGAAUUGUUGACUUAACUACAAUUUUAUUUUUAUUACAACAAAUAAUGCAAAUCUAACAUGUACUUGCCUGUUAUACUUCGAUAAUUAUUUUCAUCUGCAUUUUCCAUCACUUUAUCCUGUGUUUCUUUAUAAAAUUGUGAAACUAUUAGAUUUACUUCAAACUCGUUAGCUAUAGUUUAAAAAAUGUAUUUAUUAUUAGCUGUAGCUGGAUUCGUUUAUGUAUUUGUGAUUUUAGAUAUAAUAUUUUUUGUUGUACAUAUUUUGUAUAUUUUAUGGAAUAUAAUUAUUAAAGGUUACAAUGCUUUUUAACGUGUUUCAAUUAUCCUUCACAACAAUAACCAUAUAACCUAAAAAAAUCUUGGACGUUUCAACUACUUGAUAAGUAAUAGGCGACUCCUAAUACGUAGUAUGGUAUGGUUCUGUGUAGACAACACAGCGUUGUCAUAUUCACUUUUUAUUACCAACAUUUUAUUACAAAGAAACUCCGUAGAAUACGAAUAAUAAUUAAAUCAAAAUUAUUCUCAAAAAUAUAAACAUUAACUUUUGAUAGAUUUAUUAGAAUCAGUAUAAUAAAGAUAUUUAUACAAAUAGUUUUAAAAAAAUCAUAUCUACAAAACUAAUUGUAGCAUUGAGUUGAAAUUAUAGAGAAGUCUUACUUAAGUAAGGUUUAACUGGAGAAAAAUCAACAAGUCGCUAGCUCAAUCAUUUUCGCAAAAACGUAUGCACAAAUAUCGAUUUAAAACAUACGCAUAUUAAAAAAAUCAUAUCUACCAAACUAAUGGUUGGAUUAAGUUGAAAUUAUAGACAGGUCUUGAAUAAGGUAAGUUGUAACUGGAAAAAUGUCAUUCGUAAUACUUUAUUUUAAAAAAUAUAAACAUUAACUUGUAAUAGAUUUUAUUAGAGCCGGUAUAAUAAAGAUAUUAAUACAAAUAGUUGAAUUAAUUUAUAAUUUCUGGUAUGGUUAUAAAUUUUACUACUUUUUACGACGCAACUCUAGGCAACGCUGUGAGGAUUGUUUUUUAAUCUACUUUUUUCCAAUUCUCAUUGUUAAAAGAACUUCAUUUAUGAUUAAUAUAACAGUGUUGACAUAUUUCUAUUCAUUUUCUCUAUUUCCUAAUUAGACAAUCCAAAAAAAGCUGAUCUACGUCAAACUAGCGGCCGUGGGGUAAGCAAUUACCCGUAUUAAUGUUUUUUUUUAAUUAGUGUGCCAAAGUGUAUAAAACAUGAGUAGGUUGCACAAAAACUUAUGGUAAAAGUAUUUGUUUACUCCACGGCAGUUGAUUGUGAUAAUUGACACUAUACAAUGAAAAUGUCAAUCAGUAAAAAUAAAACCAAUUAUAAAUAAUAAAAAUUUUAAAUAAUACUAUUUAUGAAAAAAAAAAUCAAUACUGAUCUAUAUAAAUAAUUUAGAUGAUUUCACAUUUGAGAAUUUUAAACGUUUUGCAAUUAUGGUCAACGUUUUAAAUGACGUAUUUCAUAUUCUGUGCCACUAAAACAACGUUGCCAUGUUCCUAUUCCAUAUCCCAAUA